GACAAUAUUCUCUGUACGAGGAGUAGUCUGUCCACCCUUGUGUUUUCUUAUCAUCAUUAGUUUUUCGAGCUUACAAUCGUUCCAGAAAAUCCAAAUACUUUACUUAAUUUAUCCAAUAAAGCAACACAUAAAUGGUGACAAAUAGCACACCCACCAUUUUCAUCGGAAAUGCAAAUCAAAACAAUUUAAUGCCCGCAGGUGAUAACAAAGCAUCUCUCUGUAGCUCUGCUUCUGUGGUUUUGGGCGUCUAGUUCCACAUUGCUCACAUUUCUUGAUCUCCUCAGAUUUCAUGGAUUUGUUUCUAUUUUCUUUGUCCUUUUAAGUGUGAAAAGUUGAGAAAAUUAGCUUAUUUCCCGAGAUGCUUACUGGGUUCUUGUUGGAAUUUUGGUGUUUUUACUUUUUAGUGCAAUGCUUCUCGAAGAUUGCUUUUGAGCAGCGAAACGGUCUAAAAAAUAAUAAGCAAAUCUCGCUGGGCCACUCUAGUCGCUGACUUAUCUCGAGACACCUCGGAGAUUUGUUUCAUAUUGUGGCUCAUAAAUGAAAUGUUCGAAGGAUCUGCAAAUAUUUGAGAAGUUGCUGGGACUUCUGGUCUCUGUUAAUGCAGUUUCAUUGAUCAAUAUAAGCUUCCUACGGUUUAUGUUUUUUCAUCAGUUUUCUUCAGAGCUCCCUUAUUGGCGACAAGAAUGUGCUUUGAAGCUGAUCUAAGCUCAAUGCAAGUGUUUUUGCUGUUUCGGUAAUGUAUCGCUGACUUCUUGUGACGGUGGAUUGGCAUUACGAAGGGUUUUUUGCUCGUCAUAUUCUGGCAUAAAAUGUUUUCAGUACACGUAAUAGAUUUUCCACGGAAGACUUCUGGGUUUUGUUUGCAGAUAAUCUACUCGAGACGGAUUUUGACUGCAGCAUCGCACAUUGGCUCUAUGGAACGUUUGGGAUAAAAGCAGAAAAGCUUAUUAGCGAAGGAAGGGUCGCUGAACAUGAGUUUCUUUAAAGUCAGAAAAUUCAGAAAAGCCCACAAACCAGACCCAGAAAAAGAUUUAGAGGAGAAGCCGGUGCCACAGCAUGAGCAACCAAAGAAUGGGAAUGUUGGUGAUGAUUUGAGUAAAUCUGCUCAUGCUGAUCCUGUUUCUGAAGCUGAGGAUGACGACGACGAUUUUAUUACAGAUGAGGUGAAGAGGAGAUUGAAAGAACUGAGAAGAAACAGCUUUAUGGUUUUGAUUCCUGAAGAAGAGUCAUGUGAUGAAGAAGAGGAGGAGGAGGACGAGGAGGGUGGUGAGACAAGCUCUAGUGACUGGAGGGAUGUGGAAGCUGAAGCUCUCCAGUGGUGGGGUGGCGUUGACGCUUUGUAUGACAAGUACUGCGAGCGAAUGCUGUUCUUUGAUCGUAUGAGCAUGCAGCAGGUUAACGAAGUCGGUAGAGGUUGUCUUGCGGGCUCCCAAGCCCCUGCAACUCCAUCAUCAAGAUCCACAUCUAAGAAGCUUACAUUCCCUAUUGGCUGUCUUUCUUUGAAGAAGAUUGAAGAACCCAAUUGUGAAACUGAGCAUCUUCAGCAUCCAGUUCAUGACCCAUACCAAGAUAUUGAAACGGCAUACGUAGCUCAAAUCUGUUUGACUUGGGAAGCACUUCACUGUCAAUAUACUCAGUUGAGUCAGAAAAUCUCAAGCCAAGCUGAUAAUCUGGCCUGCUAUAAUCAUAGUGCUCACCAGUUUCAACAAUUCCAAGUUUUGUUACAAAGGUUUAUUGAGAAUGAGCCCUUUGAGGAGGGUCUUAGGGCACAAACUUAUGCUCGAUCCAGGAAUCUUUGGCCUAAAUUGCUCCAGGUUCCUAAUAUAAAAGCAUCAGGUGAAAGAGAAACAGAAGAAUCUUCAUAUCUGACUGUCCUUGCCCUUGAUCUCAUCAAGAUUGUUGAGUGCUCAAUCCUUACUUUCCACUUGUUCAUAAAGAUGGACAAGAAAAAAUCAAGCAGUGUUCUUCACCUGUUUGGAAAUCAGAACCAGGUUACAAUCCCUCUUCAACAGAUCCAAUCUGCUCUGGAGAAGAAGAGGAUAAAACUGAAUGAACUGCGCAAAAGGAGGAAAGGUUGGAAGAAGAAUUCCUGGCCCCAAAGAGAUGAAGAUGUUGAGCUACUUUUCAGCCUCAUUGAUGUGAAAAUCUUAUCCAGGGUUCUCAGAAUGGUGAGGAUCACCAAGGAGCAACUGUUUUGGUGUGAAGAAAAGAUGAAAAAACUUGGUAUGGCAUAUGGCAAGCUGCGGAGAGAUCCCUCUCCCAUCCUUUUCCCUUGUUAAUAAUAGAUGCUAGAACCGGUAAAGAAAGCAAGUUUUUGUUGAUGGUUGCGCUGCAAGUGAACAUCCCCUGUAGUCCCUUACCCUUGUGGAUGCUGCUAGGAAUUCUCAUCUCCUUCUACUAGGAAUACCCAAUACGUCACAUAAUAAUACUCGAGUCAAGAAUUCCUUGUUCUCAUCGACCAGGAUAAAGGAUUGUAGCAGGGCUGUCUGCUGUAUGUUGUUUUGUUAACCAUGUUGGUGUUUCAGAUAA